UCCAGCAACAGCAGCAGCCAAAGGUUUUCUUUUUCCCCGAAAACAAAGUUGAGCUAGAAAUGGAGAAUCUGACGGGAUUGUUGAGAAUUCAUGUGCAAAGAGGGGUGAAUCUUGCCGUCAGAGAUGUUGUAAGCAGCGAUCCUUACGUUGUUAUCAAGAUGGGAAAACAGAAAAUUGAAACCCGCGUGGUAAAGAGGAAUGUGAAUCCAGAGUGGAACGACGACUUGACUCUUUCCGUCGUAGACCCAACUCUCCCGGUUAAGCUUGCGGUGUACGAUAGAGAUACAUUUGUGGAUGAUAAGAUGGGGGAUGCAGAGUUCGAGAUCGGGCCAUUAUUAAACGCAGUGAAGAUGCGUCUGCAAGGUCUUCCCGAUGGAACAAUAAUCACCAAAGUUCAGCCCAGCAGGCAGAACUGUCUGUCGCAAGAGAGUUGCAUCAUUUGGAGCAAUGGGAAAGCUGUACAAGACAUGUUCUUGAGGCUCAGAAACGUGGAGACUGGUGAAGUUGAGCUUCAGUUGGAAUGGAUUGAUGUUCCUGGUUCUAGAGGGGUUUAAUUUACCUGCUUGGAAGUUUGAGUUUCAUUCUCUCUAAAAUGUGUGUUUCACACACUAUCGCACAUGAAUUUAGCUUAGAUUAAUUAUUUUAGGGAGCCACUUUC